AAAUAGUUAAGUUCCCUGUUCCCUGUGUUGUGUUGAUUUCUAGAGAGAGAGAGAGAGAGAGCAGGUAAAGAAAACUUGACGUUUGGAUUAACCUAAACUGCCUUCUCAGAGUUACUGUCCCCGUCUCACUCCAUAAAUCAAAAGUCAAAGAAAUUCGUGGCAACCUCUGAAUCAGUCAAUGGGAAAAAUCUAACAAUGUUUAGCUUUGAGGGAGAUUUCAAGACAAGACCCAAUGUAUCACUUGGAGGAGCAAGUAAAAAGGAGGAGAAAGCUUCUCUGCUGCACCGCACUCAAGAAGAAAGACGAAAAAGAGAGGAUGAAAGAAAACGACUGAAGAAUUCCAUUAUCAUUCAGUCCUACAUACGUGGCUACCAAGACUUGAAACAACAGUAUGCGAUCCAGAGAGCCAGAUUUGACGAGUGCGCCGGCCAGACGCAGGGAGGGGGAGCUUCACGUGUCUUGGACGGUCCUGGUCUUUGCCUCUUAUCAAGACAACUCAUAUUUUUCUAUAGACAAAGUGUGGAUGCACAUAGAUUGAUAUGGUUGUGCCAGAACCUGGUGAAACACAACAGUCAGUUUGUGAAACUGUUGGUGGGCCCACAAAGACAGACAUGUAUGUUUCAGAUCAAGAGGAUCUUAGGCUUCUGCUGCAGACUCCUACAGAACUGCAAGGACGACAGUUUAAAUGUGACGGUUCCCAUGCGGAUGCUAGAAAUAUUUUCUUCAGAGAAAACCUAUCUUCCCAUUAUUCCAGAUGCUAACUAUGUAGCGUCAUUACUCGAGCAGAUUUUGCACUAUAUGGUACAAACAGGAUACUACAGGUCGCUGUAUAUUCUUGUGAAUCACAGGCUCCCUUCCAGUCUGGAGUACAGUGAUGCUCCCUCUAUCCCUAUGGCAAGCACACUGUUGGAGCACAUCCUCAAACCUCUGCACUUUACCUACUCCUCCUGCACAACAGGCGCAAGGCAGUUUGUAUUUGCAGCCUUUACUAAGGAGUUCAUCUCUCCGCCGUUCACCGAGCAGAUCUUUCACUUCUUUAUCCCGGCGCUGUCGGACGUCCGUCUCUCGUUCCCAUUCGAAGCCUUCCUGAGCUCCCUCCAGGUCACCAUCGGCUCCUCCUCGGCAGCACAGAGCCAGGCGCCGUGGCUGUUUUACUUUGUCCUAUCUGCAGGGGAGAACUGUUUAGGCUCUCUAUCAGAGGAGGGUCUCCUGCUUUACCUCCGGGCUCUGCAGACGCUCCUCCCGCUGCUGCCCGUGUCGGAGGGCAGCAGCAGGCCGGAAGUUACCAGCGACUCGGAGGACGACGAUGACGCUGGCAUCCAUCCACCAUUCAAGCAGGAUGACAGCAGAAUCUCUGUGCAGCUGAUCACAGAGGAAUGUGUCCACAAGCUGGACACUAAGCAUCAGACUAACGCCCUGUUGAACCUGGUGUGGAGGGAUUCGGCCAGCGAGGAGGUUUUCACCAUGAUGGCAUCCAUCUGUCACACACUCAUGGUUCAGCAUCGCCUCAUGGUGCCAAAAGUCAGACUUCUGUACAGUUUAGCUUUCAAUGCACGUUUCCUGAGGCAUCUCUGGCACCUGAUCACUUCCAUGACAACAAAAAUGAUCACUGGCUCCAUGGUGCCGCUGCUACAGCUGAUCUCGCGAGGGUCUCCCAUGUCGUUCGAGGACUCCAACCGCAUCAUUCCCCUCUUCUAUCUCUUCAGCUCCCUCUUCAGCCACUCGCUCAUCUCCGUGCACGACAGCGAGUUUUUCGGUCACGAAAUGGAAGGUCAGACACAGUCCUCCAUGAUGCCCUUCACGCUGACGGAGCUGGUGACUCUGUCUCGCUGUCUGAGGGACGCGUGCCUGGGAAUCAUCAAGCUGGCCUACCCCGAGACCAAAACAGAGCACCGCGAGGAGUACAUGGCUGCCUUCCGCAGUGUGGGUGUCAAGACAAACACUGCGGUUCAGCAGCGGAUCCAGGCCGAGCAGAAACGCUGGGUACAGCUCUUUAAGGUCAUCACUAACUUGGUGAAGAUGGUGAAAGCUCGCGACAUUAGACGACCCUUCUGUCCAUCAGGUCACUGGCUCUCUGGGGAGGUCAACAUCCGCGCAGAUAAGGUCACCCAGUUGUACGUUCCCUCUGCGAGACACGUGUGGAGAACGCGUAGGAUGGGUCGCAUUGGGCCACUUCAGUCAACACUUGAUGUUGGUUUAGAGCCUCCACAGCUGUCUGUGUCUGAAGAGAGACAUCUGGCCAUCCUCACAGAGCUCCCUUUUGUGGUUCCCUUCGAGGAGCGAGUUAAGAUCUUCCAGAGGUUAAUCUACGCUGACAAACGGGACGUGCAGGGGGACGGGCCAUUCCCCGAUGGCAUCAGUGUCACCAUCAGACGCAACUACAUCUAUGAAGAUGCCUACGAUAAACUCUCUCCAGAAAACGAACCUGACCUGAAGAAAAGGGUUCGAGUCCAUCUGCUUAAUGCUCACGGUCUGGACGAGGCUGGCAUUGACGGCGGCGGCAUCUUCCGUGAGUUCCUCAACGAGCUCCUGAAGUCGGGCUUCAAUCCCAACCAGGGCUUCUUCAAGACGACCAACGAUAGCCUGCUGUAUGCCAACCCCGCGGCAGAGAUGCUGGUCGGAGACUCCUUUACGAGGCAUUACUACUUCCUGGGCAGGAUCCUCGGAAAGGCUCUGUACGAGAACAUGCUGGUGGAGUUGCCUUUCGCCAGUUUCUUUCUGUCCAAGCUGUUGGGAACCAGUGCCGAGGUGGACAUCCACCACCUGGCAUCGUUGGACCCGGAGAUGUACCGCAAUCUCCUCUUCCUCAAGAGCUACGAGGGUGACGUGGAGGAGCUGGGCCUCAACUUCACUGUGGUCAACAACGAUCUGGGGGAGGCUCAGGUGGUUGAGCUGAAGCUGGGAGGCAAAGACAUCCCUGUGACCACAGCCAACCGGAUCGCCUACAUCCAUUUGGUGGCUGACUACAGACUGAACAAGCAGAUCAGGCCUCACUGCCUGGCCUUCAGACAGGGCAUCGCCAACGUGGUCAACCUGGAGUGGCUGCGCAUGUUUGACCAGCAGGAGAUCCAGGUGCUGAUAUCUGGGGCUCUUGUGCCAAUUUGUCUUGAUGACCUGAAGAAUUUCACAAACUACUCAGGCGGGUACUCUGCCACACACCCAGUCAUCCUGAUCUUUUGGGAAGUGGUCGAUGGCUUCACAGACGAGGAAAAGCGUAAGCUGCUGAGGUUUGUCACCAGCUGCUCCAGACCUCCCCUGCUCGGAUUUAAGGAGCUUUACCCGGCCUUCUGCAUUCACAACGGCGGCGACGACCUGGAGCGCCUGCCCACCGCCAGCACGUGCAUGAACCUGCUCAAGCUCCCGGAGUUCUGCGACCAGCACCUGAUGAGGAACAAGCUGUUGUACGCCAUCGAGUCCUCUGCCGGCUUCGAGCUGAGCUGAGGAGGGGCCGCAGGCUUCUCUGCCCCGGUAUCCACGGACUGCCGCCACAGAAGUGGCUUGGGAGAAAAGGACUCCGUUCAGAGUCACACACAAAAAAAAAAAGAGAGAGAGAGUAGGGAAACAAACGAUGCACUGACCUGCCUGAUUUACUGUGUUUGUGUGUGUAUGAGUGUGUGCGUGCCAAGCCGAGGAAAUGAUCACACACAGACUGGAGCAAAAGGGGUGCAAGGAUGAAGCGGGGUAGGAAGCCUUUUUUUUUUUUUUUUUUUUUUUUUAAUAUAUCUAUCCUUGUUGCUUUUAAGUAAUUUAAAUGUUUAAUCACAGCGAUGGGGGUUGAAUUUAGCAGGACAUGCGCUGAGACAUGAGUAGCAGCUGCUCUCUUGUGUAAUGGAACAUGAACGGGCAGUUAUUUUUCACCAAAGAUUAAGUGGCAUCGCAUAAAAAGGCAAUAUAACGACAGAGGGACUCUAAAGCCACCGUUGUGGUGUGCCAAGGGCUGCAGGGGUGGAGGAGCUUUUGGUGCAUAGCCAUCAUGUAUCUACAUGUAGAGGUCAUCGAUACUCCAGUUUUUGCGAUUUCUGCUAUGAUUAUUAUCACGAGAAAUAACCGUUGUGUCCGAUAACCAUACCGUAACUCACGCGCACACACACACAUACACACACACACACGCCAUCUGAAGUGUGGAAAUGGCUCAUAUUGCUGGACUAAAUUUGAGGAAAGUAUUAUAUGAUUAUGGAUUUGUGAAUAUGUAUAUGUUUACAAUUGCUCUUGUAUUAUUCAUUUAUUCAGUAUUUGUACAGGUUUGUUUUUUCUUUUCUUGGUGCGCCUCGUGUUUUCACACAUGCUCGCUAAGGUGAACAAUCUCUUCCCCGGUCAGCAGCUUGAAGUUUGCUCUUUGGGAGCACCAACCACGUCACGUUGAUAACGUGCACAAAAAUGAUCAGUGUACCAACGGGGUGAAAAAAGGAGUGUACGGAAAUAAACCCACUUUUCUUUUUGCA